CCUCUUUAACCGAGAACAGUGAUAUCAAAAGACUUCACAAAUAAAAAAAAAAAACGAAAUGAAUGCCAACAAGAUUUCCUUGCAUACAUAGUUACAAAUGAAGCUAAUAUAAGCGUGUUAAAAUAGAUAUAGAACAAAGUUUUAGAAAUGGAGUCGCGUUUUACCUUUUAAGUACGGAACCCUAAAAACCAAAAUAAUAGACAAUUAACAAUUAUGGGCAUAUCAUUACUUAAUUAACAUCCAUUUACAAAAUCCAAAGAUUUGUCUAUAGUGUAAUAGUGGAUUCCGAACCGACUGUACGACUUUACAACAAUAAUAUUAAACGCAAUAAAACAAAUUAUUAUUUAAAACAACAAAUAAAAAUAAACUUUUGUGACUGUGUGUUGAUACAAAUAAUAAUAAUUAAUAAUUAGUUACAAAUAAUACAAAUAAUAUUUAUUUCGUUAAUCGUGUGAUGGCGAACAGGAAUUUCAAGAUUAUUCCGAAAUGGGUGAGUUCGGAGUCAUCAGACAAGUACCCCCUGACUCCGGAACCACUGAAGUUCUACAGGGUUAAUGGAUACCUGGUCAUCAAGAAACUGUUCGGCUUACAGACUUUGGAUAGCUACAGGCAACGUUUUACUGACGUGUGCGAGGGUCGGGUGGAGAAGGGCCGAGUCACCGUGGUGAAGGAUCGCUCGCUCAGCACCCAUCGUACCAGGCCUGAAGAUUACAUCAACAAGAUCCAAGAACUCCUCUACGAUGAAGUAUACAGCACGUACUCCGAAGACCCUCGGAUGCUGCACAUCGUCUCGCAGCUGAUCGGAGAAGACCUGACAGCUGUCAACUGCAUGCUCAUCAACAAGCCGCCGGGGACGCAUGAACAUCCACCACAUCAGGACAUACUAUACUUCCCAUUCCGGCCGGCACACAAGAUCCUAGCCACUUGGACGGCCAUAGACCCGGUGAGCAGAGACAACGGCUGCCUCUAUAUGUUGCCUGGGUCACAUAACCCGCCCGUCUUGCAUGAACACACAGAUCAUGUUAAUCAAGCGAAACUGUUUUUCUUCGGGCUGGUGAACACUGGACAACUGGCCCCGGAGCACCAGCGAGUCCACCUCGAGAUGGAGCCAGGAGACACGGUGUUCUUCCAGUCUACCAUCGUACAUGGGUCGAAACCUAAUGUUUCUAAGGCAUACCGCAAAGCCAUGACCUGUCACUUCGCGAGUAGUGAAUGUCAGUAUAUCGAGGUGGCGGGAACACGUCACGAACAACUGGCCAAGCAGAUGGAAGCCGAACUACGGAGGAGAGGCAGCGAUCUUAGUUAUGUUGAUAUGUGGCGUAUAAAAACAAAACAAGUGAAGGGGGUAAGAAGCAAUUUGUGAUGAAAUUAUAUUUUUAAUAAUAAGUAGGUAAAUAUUUAUAAUUUAAGUGAUACCUACAUCUACUAGUAAAUGUACCCAUAUGCAAAGAAGGGUUGUAAUUUUUUUUUAUUUUUUCAUAUUUUAUAAAAAUAACUUAUUUUAAUUUUGGUCUAAGUCCUUUUAGUAUAUUUAAGAUAGUUUAAUUCGACAUGAAGCUUUACCUAUUCUAUGUUUAUCAUUUUAAUGCGAAUUGUCGCUGCAUAUUUAAUGUAUAAAUGAAUAUAGUGACAAUAUAAUUUCCCAGGUCAUGAAUAUACAUUGUAAAUAUUAAAUAAUAGGUAUGUGCUAUAAAUAAAACAAUGUCAAUAAAUUA